AUGGCUGCUGAGCGUGUAGCAGAAAUUCAAGUUUGCCAAAACAAGGACUGUUGCAAACGAUGGCAGCAAUCGUAUCCCUCUACUACCCUCCCCGAUAUUUUGCGCGAUCUACUCGAGCCGUCUUGCUUUGUUGAUGUUAAAACCACCGGUUGCCUUUCGCAAUGUGACAAGGGCCCCAACAUAGUUUUCAAAGCGAGGGGAAAACAAAAGCUGGUGCAAGGACUGGAUAGCAUUUCCUUGCUUAUCGAAGCACUGGAAAAGGAAUUUGGAAAAGGCAUCGUCCCUCCCAAGCUGAUCGCCGCUUGCAGGGUUCUGGGCAAGGCCCACGAAGCUUCGUCCUUUGAUGAAAAACACCGCUUUCUGAACUCGGUCGUUUCUGUUUUGGAGGGCGAACCCGAGUUGGCGCAGUCGUCCGCGCUGGCGAGGGCGUUGGUAUCGAGAGCGCAGGCUCGAUACGAAGACCAGCAUACAGAGGAGGCCCUGGGGGAUGCCUUGCGAGCGACCAGUAUGAAAUCGACGAGCUGGAACGCUCUGUCGUGGAGAAUGGUAGCAGAUUGUUACAAGACGCUCGGAAAGCCUGACGAGGCUAUUGCUGCCUUGCGCGAAUGGGGAUCCUGCGAGCCUGCCUUUCGCAGUAAGGUGAAUCGGGAAAUACAAGAAUUGCGACGUCUACUGUGA